CCUUGAAAAUCCUCCCCCACAGCCCUGCCACAGCCACCUCCCUUCCCCCUUCCCGGCUCCAGCCUUGGCAACUGGGAGACGUUUCAGCAUGGCUGGCUAGCUGCGCGCCAUGAUCCAGGAGGGCUGACAACAAACUGCACCUCCGAGGUGGGCACCCACUCGUCAGCGAAAACAAGAUGGGCAGAGGCUGGAGAGCAGCGUCCGUGCAGGAGAACUGAAGGGAAGUCAUCCAGGGAGCAUUUUUAGACAAGCCAAAGAUGGAGAAGCAUAAUGCCCAAGGGCAGGGAAAUGGGCUUCGUUAUGGUCUGAGCAGUAUGCAAGGCUGGCGAGUUGAAAUGGAGGAUGCACAUACGGCUGUGAUUGGUUUGCCAAAUGGACUUGAUGGAUGGUCGUUUUUUGCUGUAUAUGAUGGGCAUGCUGGAUCACAGGUUGCCAAGUACUGCUGUGAGCAUUUAUUAGAUCACAUCACGAGCAACCAGGAUUUUAAAGGGCCAGAUGGGCCACCAUCUGUGGAAAGCGUAAAGAGCGGCAUCAGAACAGGUUUUCUGCAAAUUGAUGAACACAUGAGAGUCAUCUCUGAGAAGAAACAUGGCGCAGACAGAAGCGGGUCAACAGCUGUGGGUGUCAUGAUUUCUCCCCAACAUACAUACUUCAUCAACUGUGGAGACUCGAGAGGUUUGCUUUGUAGAAACAGGAAGGUUCACUUCUUCACCCAGGAUCACAAACCAAGUAAUCCACUGGAGAAAGAGCGUAUACAAAAUGCAGGUGGCUCUGUAAUGAUUCAGCGUGUGAAUGGUUCUCUUGCUGUGUCAAGGGCACUUGGGGACUUUGAUUACAAAUGUGUCCAUGGGAAAGGUCCUACAGAGCAGCUAGUCUCACCUGAGCCUGAAGUUUAUGAAAUUGAGAGAUCAGAAGAAGAUGAUCAGUUCAUCAUACUGGCUUGCGAUGGUAUCUGGGAUGUUAUGGGGAACGAAGAGCUAUGUGACUUUGUAAGAUCCAGACUUGAAGUCACUGAUGACCUUGAGAAAGUUUGCAAUGAGAUAGUUGACACCUGCUUGUACAAGGGAAGUCGAGACAACAUGAGUGUGAUAUUGAUCUGUUUUCCGAAUGCACCAAAGGUAUCACCAGAGGCGGUGAAAAGAGAGGCAGAGUUGGACAAGUACCUGGAAAGCAGAGUAGAAGAGAUCAUAAAGAAGCAGGGUGAAGGAGUACCAGACUUAGUCCACGUGAUGCGUACGUUAGCAACUGAGAGCAUCCCAAACCUCCCGCCAGGGGGUGAAUUGGCAAGCAAGCGGAGUGUGAUUGAAGCUGUUUAUAACAGACUGAACCCCUACAGGAAUGAUGACACUGACUCUGCAUCAACUGAUGAUAUGUGGUAAAACUGCUCAUCUAGCUGUGGAGUUCACGUUUCAUCCUUCAAAUGAAACUGCAGCCCAACCUCAGUUACCCUUCUUAACAUCCAUCCUCAGCGUUAAUUAAAGAAGGGAAUAUGAUGUGUUGGUGAGAGUGACAACAGCAGAAAACUACAGCAGUACGACGUCUAGCCCAGGAACUGAUACUUUUUUGUAAAACAGACUUCUGUAAACGUGAUUUCAAACCAUAAUUCAUGUUGUAAAUCAGACUCCAGCAAUUUAUGUUGUAUGAUUUUGUUUUUGUAAAGUGCAAUUGUCUUUGUACAAAAUGCUCAUAUUUAAUUAUGAACUGCUUUAAAUCACUAUAAAGGUUAGAAGAAAUGUUUGGCUUGUGUGAUGCAACAAUAUAUAUCCCUUUAAAUACAUGUUGUGGUUUUGGAUUGCAAGGAGCAGCAGCCUAGCCAGCUAGGUGCUCGAGAGGUGCACAAAACUAAAGAUAACUUUGUUUUAUAUGGAAGCUGAAUUUUUGGGCAAGUUAUCACAAAUUACAGUGUGUAAAUUUGCUUGGCAAUGGAAAAAUAACUAACAGAGUAGUGCACAUUCUUCAACAAAUGUAUUUCUCUUUCUUGAGGCCACUCCUGCUCUCACGUUGAGCAAAAGCGAGUUCUGAUUUUUGACUUCAGUGGGAGUUGAAUCAUACCCUAUUAAUAGCAUCAUGUGUUCAUUCGCAUACGAACCUUGGGAGUAGAAUGGCUUGAUUCUUCGCACCUCUUUUUUCAUUAACCCUUACCUGAAAUUACUAAUCACUGAGUAUGAACAGGCAACUUUCUACGUAUGGUAGGAGUCUGCAGCAUUUUUACAAUCCUGAUUGGCUGGGUCUGCUGCUGUUCCAAGUAAAAUACUCUGAAUUCCAUUUUAUCAAUAAAGCUUGAUUUAACAAACAAGAAAUUUAUCCAUAAAUGUGUAAUUCCUUUUUUCCUGCCUUUUAAAAUGUCAGUGCCAUUGUAAAUGAUAUUUCACAUGUGGAAAAAUAUUUUUAUUAAUUGGUAGCCCAUUUUUAAAAUGGGAGGAAUUUUGAUUAUUUCCCAAGACGUAGCCAUAUGCUAGAGGAUGAAGUGGGAGUAAUCUGUUACGCUGAUUUUUUACAAGUGUGGGUUUUUUUCAGGCUUUUUGUUUUUCCUCCCCGCUGAAGAUGUGCAUUGGUUUGAAUUUGCCUACUGUUUGAUAAAAAUACGUUUGUCAAAGCCUGACAAUCUUUAACGUUUUAUGGUGUGUGUUUUUAAUUGACCCACUUAGGAUGAGAGAUUAGUGGUUAAACAGUACUUGUGAUUUGAAAUAUAGCAUGUUGACGAUAUUUACCUGUUGUUUAAAAUUCUAAUUUAAAAUUUUAUAAGAUAAUAAACUAAUUUGAUUUAAGCUUAGCUUUCUCCCAUUGAACAUAUAAAAUUAAGUUUUCAAGUCAGUCGUGUUUGCAAAACUACUGUUUUGUGCACCUUGUAUUGUCUUUUUGGUUGAGAGUAUUGUAUUUAAUAUGUAGUUCACUUUAUUCAUUUAGUAGGCAGAUUCUCCAAAUAGGAAAUCAGUAAAACAAGUAGAUUGUAACAUUUACUGCAGUUAAACAGAAUCGAAACUUGGUGUAUAAUUACUUUUUGAUAUGAAAAUGUAAUAUGAUGCAUUUUGCUAUAUUUGUCUUUCACUAACUUUGAAAUAUACAUAUUUGUAUAUAUAGCCUUAAAACUAAUACAGAGUUAGGGAACUCUGAACAGUGAAAAAGUAACUUAUAGUGUCUUGGAACUAAGUAUAGUAUAUACCAGCAAACUUUUCUUUUAUCCCUCUUGUCUAUGUGGGGUGCUUAACGUAACUUCAUUGUAUUCAGUUUGUAAUCUGUUCAAGCAUGAAUGAAGAAAACAUAAGCACUAUUUGUAUUUAUAAAUUUAUAGCAAUUUUUGCUUAAAGAACCAAUUCCUUACCUACCUACAAAUAAAUGCUUAAAAUGUCUAAUUUUGUUGUAGAGUGCAAAACUAUAAUAAUGUUAAGUUACAGCUUCACAGGCACCUAAUUAACAAGCAUAUUUAAUACAUGGCAUAUUAGUACAGAAGGCUAAACUUAAUUUAGGACUAGGCAGAUGAAGUUCUGUCCUCUUUUUCAUGUAGACUAAAGUUUAGUUUUGGAAACUGCAAAACCUGGAACUGGACCGUGGAAACUUUGAGUUAAAAAACUUUAAAAGUCACAGGCAAAACUGAUGUAGAAAGCCAUACUUCAAACUGUAAUCACUUAGAUUGUCUCACUGACAAAUGCUAUAUUUGAAGCCUCUUCUUACGAGGUCUCCUAAAGGUUAUAAAGAAAAUAAUUCUUCUGCUAUGGCUACAAGCGCUGUAACUAGGUUUUGAGGGUAGUAGGAGAAGAAAGGCUGUCUCAGUCCUUUCUUCUGCUUACGUUCAGUGUUUUGAUGAGGUCAGAGCACUGAAUCUAUUAUGUAUGCAUAAACACUGCCAUUUUAGAUACAGAUUUUGAUGACGAAGUGUAUGAAUUAAGUAUAUAAAGCAUCCUAGAGAAGAGGCAAGCUGUACUUUUCACUGCUCUGAAAAGAAAAAGGCACUUUUGCACCUUUGUGCAUCUCCUUCUUGCACCAGAAACUUUUUUUUAAAUGCUAAAAACAUUAGCACCUCAGGGGCAAGGCAGCAAUUUUUUUGAAGUAUUGUGUGCUAUUUAUUUCCCUCUUGGAAAAAGAUUCCUGUGUGACAAAAAUGAAAAAUGUGUGAUGUUAAAAGAUGUAUUUUUAAAUACAUGUUCAAAUAGGAUGGUCCCAAUUUGCUUGUUUUUUAAAAGGAAAUGUUAUUUGUAAAGCUCCUUUGGUUCAUAUGCCAUGCAAGUUUCUGUUUUCCUUUUACAUUUGACAGCUUCACUGGUUUCAGUUUCUGUGAGUCUUGUUAUAGUCAGAUUAAAUGUUUCACUGAUCAUUCUGGGAAAAUACCUGUACUGCUUUAUAGACAACUGCUCAAAUUAUUCUCACUAAUUCAGCAUUGAAAUGUGUUCAAGACAGAGGCUUUUAAAAUGUAUUUUAAAAAACAUCGUUGGAUUAACUAAAUGUAAUUACAUUAAGCAUGGUCCUAGACUUGCCAGGCUUUAUAAGUCCUUUGUAGCAGUAGAGUCCUGUUACGCAUGGUGGGGCAGAAGUAUGCCUGUACCAUGCAGGUUACAAAGCCAGGGCCUUUCUGGUUACAGAGCCGGCCAGUCUGCCAGGCGUGGUGGGGCAGAAGUAUGCCUGCACCAUGCAGGUUACAAAGGCAGGGCCUUUCGGUUGGCUUGCUCUUACCUAGCCAGGCAGUACCACUACAGAGAGCUUGGUGCUUGGCCAUCAUUCGUCUUAACCUUCCAGCACAAGUCAGAAACGGAGAGAGAAAUUUCAUCUGCUUGUCAUUAAACUGCUGAAUUGUGGUAAUCCUAGGAUGAGUCAUACCAGCAAGAUGCCUGAAGAAUAUUAACCAGCAGAUGAGUAAUUAUAGCACUUUACCGCGAUAGUUCAUGCAGGUUCCAAAGCUGAUCAUUGAAAAACGUACUUACAAUAUUGACCAUUGCAAAACGUCCUUUAGAUUGUUUAACUGCAAGGCUGCUAUUGCUCGGUUCAAGAAUUGGAGACUUAAAAAGGUAAUCUAACCAAUUAGGGAACAGUUUUCAUUGCAGCUAAUUCCCUGGUAGGAAUCUCAUCUUACUUUGUUACACUGGGAUAGGAUAGACUCUAGUGCAUUACAUUUUUAAUAGUUUGUGAACUAAGGAUACUGUUUCAUGGUAAAUUUUUAUUAAGCCUGAACUGUUGCCAUAAGUCUUCACCUACUGCCCCUUUUGUAGCCGCGGUCGUGCUUGUGUGGCUGUGAAGUUAGGAACAAAAAAUCCACCUUCAGCUGGAUAAACUGAUAAUCCAGCUAUCUAACACCAGUACCAGAGCAAGAUACAGGGGGUGAAGACAGCUCUGAGAGCAAGGGAAUGGUUGUACCAGCCCUUUUGCCACAAUCUGGGAAACCGCACCCUAAAUUCAGAUAAUUGUCUGACCUGCAUAGGGAGUAUCCAUGCCUUUGCUUGCAGAUUUUUUUCCACAGUAGACUUCAGACAAAGGUUUUGCUUUGGUGAAUGUUAUUUUUCUUAAAACUGGCUUCGUGAAAUUUUGGUUUUAACGUCCUAUAUAGGAGUUCCAUGCUGACAAACUUACUUUUUGUUAGCUCUCUACAAACGUAGGUAGUUCUGUCCUAAGAGAUCAACAGCGUGGCUGCCACAAUUAGGUUAGUGAAAUGGUUGUUUUAGUUUACCUCAUUUUAACGUGCAUCAGGAUUUCAACAUGCUAAGAUGUUCAUCUUAAUCUCUGCUUGCCACUUUCUUGAAUUUUUAUGCAUGCUUGACUUGGUAUGUUUAAAUUUCGUGAUAUUUGAACUUGGCGUAUCUGUAAUCAGCUAACCAUUAGUAAAAUAUUGCCCUUCAUCAUUUAACAAAUACUGUAUUUAAUAAAAAACUGAUGUACCUUAGGUUAAGAAACAGGGAAAUGUGUAAAACUUUACCUGACAGUUUUCUAUAGAAAAUGGAAUUACUCUGUGCCAAGCUUCAUUAGGUGUAAAAAUGAUAUCUUCUAGGUAACUAGUAUAGCUCCUUGUCCCUACAGCUACAGAUGUUUGAGAUGAUCGUAACCUGAGCCUUUACAUACCAGUACAGGACUAUGAAGUCUCUGGCUGGAUAGAGGUUUAAUUCUUUAGUUGGUAAAAAGAGGCUCCAUGCAUGUGAAGUGCCAGGAUGCUGUAGUGCAUGAGUCAAAUGCUAUUUUGGCUGUGAACCGCAAAACCAAUGUAAAAACUGAGCAAAAUUUGGAAGUAAAACCUGGCAUAAGUCCCUUUUACUGACCAGCCUAUGGUAUAUUGCUCAAAGCAUCUCAUCUUGUGGUGAGCUCUCCCUGAACUGUCCCAUACCAAGUCCACAGGUCUCUGCAGACUUGGGCCUCCACCUUCUGAUGCUCUUUGCAGUCCUUAUUUUGCUAAAUUUUUAUUGCUUUGUAAAAGGGAGAGCAGUAACCUGGGCCAUGGCAUUUGUUCACAGAAGUUCAAGAAGUUGCAAGAAAACUGUUAAAAACCUUUCUUUACAUUGACCAUUAGGUGCUUUCAAAUAGAGAGUGAACAUACAGCAUGCUAAAGUUGAGUUUAUGUAUUCUCCCACUGAAAACUUCCAGAGAAAUCUCCAGAUGUUUCUACUAUUUACUUUUAAUAUGUGAAAAAAGGGUCGAAUUGCAUAACCUCCUGAUAGUGUCUUAAGUCGUUGACCUAUAGUGAGCUAGGUUUAAUGCAUAUUCCUGUUUGGGUUUGGUUUUAUUUGUAUUAUUUGAGGUUCCUUUUGAUGAGCUGUAAAGCAUUUUUUCCCUCAUGUUGACACUGUGCUAAGGUCCUUACUUCCAAGCUACGAGACUAGAGUGAUAAUCGUGUCUUAGGAAAUUGGGGUUUGGGAUGAGACUUGCUUUAAAUACAAGAGGAAAACCCUAGCCUUGCAACCACAAAAUUUGGGAAAGUGGGCUUAAUUUUAAAAAAAUGCCUUUUAUAGGAUUAAUGAAAUAGUUUUAUCCUGAAUGAUUUGAAGCUUCAGUAGAGGUGGGAUGAUAGGUCAGAUUUCUAGCAUGUUUAUUGUUUUACAUAUAGCCAGAUUUUCACAUUUAACUCAUUUUGAUUACUGCCUGAAUGCUUUUUAAAAUAUCACUAGAUAUCUACUUUUUUAAAAUAAAACCGAUGGUGCUUACUACUGUGUAACCAGUAAUUUAUUUGCAACAGUGAGUAUUAAGUCAGGUAGUAGCAUUUUCCUUUAAGAGCACUACCUCUGCAGUACUCAAGUCGCUUGAUGGCAUUGAGCCAAAACUGUAAUUCACUCUUGCUUCCAUUGGUUGUAUGGCUCUGAAGAACUGAUGGGAGUUGUUUUGUUUUUUGGUUUUUGGGGUUUUUUUUUUUUACAGCCAAAAUAGACAGGAUUCUCAAUAUAUAUUGUGAGUAAGCCUCCAGAGUAAAGGAGGUCGCCGUUAUUUCUUUUGAGAAGCCAUACAUUUGUAAAGAAAAUUGAUAAAGCUGGGGCUGGCAAGUCACAAAACAUUAUCUUAUGUCACUGCCUGUAGAUUGAGGUCUUCAGGGUGUAAUUUUCCUUGUAUUGCUGAAUUCAACUCAAUUUGAGCAAAGGGAACAUUUUCCCUGUUGGGAUUUCAGGCCAGAACGUAAUAUUUGUGUUUGGACUAGAGGAGAAAAUUGAAAUAAGAUGAUCUUGAGAAACUCAGGCAUAUAUUUAACUUCACAUCUUACUGAAGUUGAUGGAGCUUCACUCACAAUAUAUAAAGUUUUCACAUGUAUAGUUGGAGACUCACCUGUCCUAUUUUUGUUGGAAUUAGAAAGAAAUGUAACCUAUUCAGUUUUGGUGUUGAAAAAGACUUUCUGGGCGGCUAAAGGGGAAGAAGAUGGUAGUGUUAAAGCAAAAUGUUAGCUUAAUGGAAAAUAACAAUUUCCUAACUCUUUAAAUAUGUAAGACAGCAUUAUUUUUAUUUGAAAACGUUGAACACAAUUUAUGAAUUUCAUUCCUUAAUGUGGUGCUUUUAAUUUAAAAAAAUAAAUACAAAGGUGGAAGCCAAAACGAGUUGCCUGGGAUGGGGAAGUAAGGAGGCCCUAAAUCUGUGGGAAUAAUGUGCUGAAUUUAUAUAGCAAUAUUUCCAUGUCUAACGAUAGACCUAUUGAAAAGAUCUGUAUUGGUGUGUUUAGGGGAACUUUUAUUCUUGUUGAAUAUUUGAUGCUACGCUGUCAAGUCUGCUGCAGUUUGAAACUUCCAGGCUUUUAAAUUGGGAAUUGGGCAUUAUACAGUAGAGUCCCUGGUACCUGAAAUGCUGCAAUACCUCUUACCACGCGUUCUGGGGGCUCACCCCAUGUAACCAUUUGAUGCUGGAAGUUGGGAUUUCCUAGCAUACGUUUUAUUGCUGGUAUUGCAGUUCACCAUAACCUUGAGUACGGAGAGUUAAGUUGAAUUUAUUAACCAGAUCUAACUCUUUGGUGCCAGGAAUCUAGUUUUUAGGGUUAGCGCUAAACUGUGCAAAAGUUUGUCAGAUAGUGCUAGAUAGGUCAGUGUAUGGGAAGCUAAACCACCAGUGACAAAGGGUUGAUAAGAGACAAAAGUCUAAAUUCUCUUAGCCAGGGAGUACUGGAUAUUUGAAAGGUGUGAAGUCAGGUGUGAUUUCCAGAACUGGCUGCUUUAUAAAUCUUUCAAAGCAGAGAUUUUGGUUUUUUAGCAUCUGUCUUGUUACUAAGACCGUGUACAAACAUGCUGAAUUAGAGAGUUUUCACCUGUCUCCUCACAGAAUUGACUCCACAUCAUAUCAUCAAAGUCUCAUUUGUAGUGACAUGCUGUGCCUGUCUUUUUAGAAAAUUCAUGACCUCUUUAUAUCUAUUUUGUGGAAAGUGUAACUUUUUCAUUGAUGACCUGUAUAAAUGUGUGUUACGAAUGGAGAGAUUUAAGCUUGAAAAGCAUGUUUGCAGAAUACACAGCUUCAUUAUGGAAUUUAUAAAUUUAACAGAGUAAUAUACAAGAGCAAAACUAUUUUCCUUAAGUAGAAUGUAUAACAAUAUAUAAUAAAUUAUUCUCCACAUAGUUCACCCACUCUUUACAGUUUUACACAAUUCAAACUGUGUGUUUACAGAAAGUUCAAUAAAUGUAUAUUUUGUACUAUGUACAGAUUCCUGGUCCCAAAGAAAAUGUGUGAACUUAGUUUCUAACUUAACUUUUGAGAUUGUACUUUUUUUUUUUUUUUGGUUUGGAAUCAGUUGAACAAACUGCAUUAUGCCUGUUGAUGGUGGAGGCUUGCAUUUGGAGUAAGUGGGAAUUGGAAAUAUUUCUAAUCUACAGGAGUGAUUCCACUAAAUAAAACAGGCAUUACAUCGU